CAGAGCCGUUAUCCGCGCUGCACACGGCCACUGAGAGAGAGUAAUAAACAGGCAGAGGUGGCGCCCGUCUACAACUACUAAGUCCUACCGCCUGACAACAUGUCUUCCGCAAUGCGCCGCGGACUCGCGAGGGGUGGUUUACAAUGGAGAACAUACUCAACAGCGAAUGAAGAACCAAAAUUACCUCCUUGUGAUUUUAAGCCACAGCCAUACAAGGGUCACAGUUAUGGAUCAGCAAAAGAAAUUCAACAGAAAAAUGUUGUUCCUUGCUUAGCUCCUGUGUAUAAAGAACCCCUUCUGCUUCACCAGGGGUACAAGCAAUGGCUGUUUGACCACAAUGGGAAACGAUAUCUAGAUUUAUUUGCUGGAAUUGCAACAGUCAGUGUGGGACAUUGUCAUCCGAAAGUAAAAGAUGCUUUGGUCACACAAGCAAAUUCACUAUGGCACACAAGUAACCUUUUUAUGCAUCCAAAGCUACAUGAAUAUGCUCAAAAACUGACAGCCAAACUGCCUGAUAAGUUAAAUGUUGUGUAUUUUGUGAACAGUGGCUCUGAAGCCAAUGAUCUUGCCAUGUUGCUUUGCAGAUCAUACACGAAUAACUAUGACAUAAUUGCUCUGCGAAAUGCAUACCAUGGUAUGAGUCCAUAUACAGCAGGUUUAGUUGGAAUUUCUGUCUGGAAGCCUGAUAUACCAACUGGAUCUGGUGUUUAUCAUACAAUGAAUCCAGAUGUGUUCCGAGGAGUAUGGGGUGGAAAAUAUUGUAGAGAUUCACCCGUUCAGACAGUACGCAAAUGCAAUUGCAGCCCAUCAUGCUGUGAGGCAUCAAGCAGGUACAUUGAUCAGCUGGAAGAAAUUCUUCAAACCUCUGUUCACAAGAAGAGAGUUGCUGGCUUUUUUGCUGAAUCCAUACAGGGAGUUGGCGGAACAGUCCAAUAUCCGAAAGACUAUCUUAAAAAGGCAUUCAAGAUAAUAAAAGACAGUGGAGGCCUCUGUGUGUCAGAUGAGGUGCAAACUGGGUUUGGAAGAACAGGAGAUCACUUCUGGGGAUUUGAGGGACAUGAUGUGCAGCCUGACAUUGUAACAAUGGCAAAAGGUAUUGGAAAUGGAUUCCCACUGGCAGCUGUCGUCACUACAACAGAAAUUGCACAAUCUUUAACGAAAUCCCUGCAUUUCAACACAUUCAGUGGAAAUCCACUUGCCUGUGCUGUCGGAACAGCUGUUCUGGAGGUCAUUGAAGAAGAAAAGUUACAAGAAAACUGCAAGAUAGUGGGAACAUAUAUGCUCACAAAACUCUCUGAACUACGAGACAAGUUUGACUGCAUUGGUGAUGUUCGGGGAAAAGGUCUAAUGAUUGGUGUUGAAAUGGUAAAGGACAAAAAUCAAAUGAAACCAAUGGCUGCAUCUGACAUUUUAGAUAUUUGGGAAGAAAUAAAGAAACACGGUAUAAUUAUUGGGAAAGGAGGUGCCCAAGGAAAUGUAUUCCGCAUUAAACCACCGAUGUGCAUCACCAAAGAAGAUGUAGAUUAUACAAUUUCUGUACUCGACAAAGUUUUGACAAAAUAUGUAGAAAAAACAAAGCACUAAAAACUGAACUACAAACAAAAA